AUGCCGUGCACGUUCAUCUUGAUGGUGUUACGGAAGCAGAGCGAGCGCGGUGCCGGGAGACCCUACGGCACGUCCUGGACCGUGUCUACCAGCCGCCUGUCCUGUCCUGGACCGUGUCUACCAGGGCGGGGGGGUUUUUUUAGCGUCGGGGCCAUCCCCGGCGCGGGGCGCUCGGAGUGCAAUCCUCCCUCUCCCGGGGAAGAAACAAAGCCGGCCCUUGUGCGGGCUCCAGCGUGGCUGCGGCGCCUUUGUGGUCAGCUGCUCUCCGAGAGGCUAAUGAGACCCAGCGGGGUUCAGGCUGUGGUUCGGGGCAUCAUGGAGGGAACAGGCGGUGGCGCUGGUGCUGAAGCAGCAGCUGUGGACUGGAGAAAAUGCGAUGCGGUUGCAAAGAUCCUGGCUUCUUGCCCGCAGCAGUGCCUUUCCCUCGAGGACUACUACAGACUGGUAUGCCCCCAGAUUCUGGACUUGCUGCACAUCCAGGACAAACUGACAGCGCGCCAGUUCCAGCGAGUGGCCACCACAACGCUGCUCACCAUGGCGAAAGAGCACCCUCAGCUGGCAGAGAAGCACCUGCUCCAGCCCCUGUUGGCGCCGCUCCUGCGGUGCUCGGAGACAGCAGAGCUAGCAGUGGAAGAUUUAUCAGCAGGGACGGUGCUGGUGACAGAGGCAGAGCUCGGCAGCUGUGUGGAAGAUGUGCUCAAGGUGUAUGUGGUUGGAAAUGACAGCUCGAGCCUGCUGCUGGGAUCCUUACAGUCAGUCCUGGGAGUGGUUUUUUCCCUCUAUUCCUUCGCCAAGCAGAAUGUGUCAUACUUACGCUCCCCGUGCCAGGAGAUCCUGCUGUGGUUCUUGGAGAAGUCGGAGCGAGAGGUGUCGCUGGCCGUGCUGGAAGGCUUUGCAGGGCUGAACAGCAGCGUGCGCGCCCUCCACCCGCGGUGCCGGUUCCGCACAGGCAGCGAGGGUGGUGCCAGCAUCGCAGUGGAGGAGACCAUCAGUGAUGAAGAUGAGGCCCUCUACCAAAAGGUUUCCUCGGAGCAAUGCCGUGUGGAGAGCUUGGUGGAGCUCUUGUCUCACUGCCAGGAGAGUGGUCUAGCCGGAGACUUCUUCAUCCGCUGCCUGAAGGCACUGACUUGCGUGGCUGCGGAGGACGAGGCGGCUUCAAACUCGGCUGCAGCGCCUGGAGGGAGUCUCCUGGAGCUGGAGCAGUGCCACGCCAGGCAGAGGAGGAAGCUGUUGGUCCUGCAGCUCGUGGCCACGCUGUGUGAGAGCGUCUCGGACACCGUGUUCACAGACGUUGCUCAGGUGGAGGAGUUCGUGGCAGCCACGCUGCAGCGGGCCUGCGUCAGCCCGGCGCGGGGCCCUGGCGCGGCGGCGGAGUCCCCCUCGGGCGCUGCAGCCUCGGGGCAGGUCGCAGCUGCCUUGCCUGGAGCUUCCUUCCAGCUGCAAUCCGGUGACUUCGCCGUGCUGAAGCGGCUGGUGCCGUUGCUGGAGGAGCUCUCCCGCACCUAUCCCGAGCCCCUCACCCAGGAGCUGGCCACGGACCUGCGCAUCACCAUCUGCACCCACGGGGCCUUCUCCCCUGGGACGGUGGGUGCUGCUGCCGACAGCGUGCUGGGGAAGAAGCCGGGGACAGGAGCGCAGAGCCCUGCUGGCAACCCUGGUGGAACCCCAUGCCCGGGGGGCGGCUGGGCACCAUCGCGGCACGGCCGCAGCAGCCCCUCGGCUCCCAGUGAGAGGAGCGAAGAGCAAAGUGCGAGCCAUGAGACCGGCACUGCGGGUCCCGCUCCAGCCCCGUGUGCCGACAGCCCGGCCCCGGCUGGGCUCCAGGAGCUCCUGGUAUCGGCCUACGACUGCCAGCCCCCUGGCCGGGCAGCCGCCCUGCGCCGCCUCUCCAGCCUGAUCAUGCAGCGGGAUCCGGAGGCGCUUCGGCUUCAGGAGAAAAUCCUCCAGGUGUUCCUGGAGAACGUGCAGCAUGAGGAUGCCUUCGUCUAUCUCUCGGCCAUCCAAGGCGUUGCCCUGCUCUCCAGCGAGUACCCGGAGCGGAUCCUGCCCGUCCUGCUGGCACGGUACGGGUGCCCGGCGCGGGGCAUGGAGGACACCACGGCUGCCAUCACCAGGAUGAAGCUGGGCGAGGUGCUGAUGCGUGUCACCCGGGCCCUGGGGGACAUGGUGUUCAAGCACCGGGAGCCGCUGGUCCAGGCCUUCCUGCGGGGCGCACGGGACCCCGACGGCGCGCUGCGGGCCAGCAGCCUCUCCAACCUGGGCGAGCUCUGCCAGCGCCUCGGCUUUCAGCUGGGCUCCAUCGUCCAGGAGGCUCCCGGCGAGACGCGGCUGCUGCCGGAACUGUGGUCCCGGUGGCGGGACGUCCUGCGGGACCUCUACCGCCUGCUGAAGCACGUGGUGGUGGCCGAGCCCGACGGCACGACGGUGCUGCACGCCCAGCUGGCGCUGGAGGAGCUGGACGCGGUGAUGAGGAGGGUCCUCUUCCCCCCGCAGGUGCUGGAGAAGAAGAUCGUGGUGCUCCCGUAGUGGGGCCGAGGCCACAGAAACGAACUCUUCCUGCUCCAGCGUCGGGGCCAAGCGGCUCCCCGAGGGGAAGGGUCCGCUGUGCCCCUGGGAAGCUGCCGGCAGCUGCCAGCCGGGGAGGAAACCGCAACCUG